AUGGGACAGAAGACAGCUCUGGAGAGGGAUGUUUCCUUCCUCAGCCAGUUGUCCUGCUGGUGGAUUAACAGGUAACACUGAAUAUCAACAUUUUCACAUUAGAUGCAUCAUUAUCAUUAAACAUACUGUAUCUGAUGUGUGUUACGUAACUGGUAGAUUUGUUUGAUUGAUGAUGUCCUUUGUGCUGUGGUUGCUGUCAGAGUUGUGUCAGCGGGCCAUAGAAGAGGGUUACAGCUGUCGGACCUGUGUUGCCUUGGCGAUGAGGACUGUUAAGUUGCGUCAAUUCAAAUCUGGUAUUUGGAACAAAAGAGGUCAAUACACGUCUUCUAAAAUAGACUAGUAUUUUAAUUAAUGCAAACCACUUCAAUGGUAAAUAUGAUGUUCGUAUAUAUACGGGUCCACUGAAAUACCACACAGGGCACUCAGAGAACUAAGCCAUUGUUAUGAGUUCUUCUUAAAAUACUCUGACAGAGAUAGUUCCCGCUCCCUGCUGGCCAAUCAGAGUAGAGGUUGGGCGUGGUUUAGACUUGCCCAACCUAUCGCUGGCGCUCAGGCUGGUCCCAGCCCCUUGGCGCUCCACUGUUGCCAGGUGUCUAGUAGUUUUGCAACUUAUCCAGAAAGUCAGCACUUUUGCAGUACACGUCCUUGGACGGUUCACAGAUCACAAAGAGGCAGUGUUCGGGUAUUGUGAGACACAAGUUCUUAUCUCCCCCUACUCCCUAAAACAGCUCCUCACAUUAAUCACAGCUUGUUAGGUUAAACAAUUUAUAUCAGUACAGUACAAACCUUUUAUGCUUAAUCAUUAAUGCAUUCUUUCUAAGCUAGGUAUCACAUCCAGAUCCCCACAGGACUCAGCCCAGAGUUUAUGCUCCGCCCUCCAGCAGCAGCAGCACCGGAGGACAGAGGGACGGAGUCAUAGCCAGGAGUAAAGGUGGUCUAGAGUUUUUUUUCCUCUGGUUGCACAUUUAUCAUGCUGGUAGAAAUUAGGUAGAACGGAUUUAAGUUUCCCUGCAUUAAAGACCCCGGCCACUAGGAGCGCUGCCUCUGGAUGAGCGUUUUCCUGUUUGCUUAUGGCCUUAUACACAGUGUUGCCAACUUAGCGACUUUGUCGCUAUAUUUAGCGAGUUUUCAGACCCCUCUAGCGACACAUUUUCAAAAAAGCAACUAGUGACAAAUCUAGCAACUUUUUCCUGGUGUUAUUGGAGACUUUUGGAGACUGACAUGAAAGCACGUAUUGUUCUUACUCUUCUCAACGAGCAGCGGGUGCUGCCGUGGGCCCCACCCCCGUCCCAAAGCACUCACAGGCAGCCCAGUCCUCGCGUUGCAGUCCCUCCCAGCUGCAGUCAGAGCAGGAGAUGUUCACCCCUCCGCGUCCAGACUGCAAAUUAAUUGCGCAUGCGGGAAGCCACCGCUGGCUGAUCCUGCCCUGGCUUACAUUCAGGGCGGGAUGUAAAUGUAGGGUGUUUUUUACUCACUUUUUGUCUUUCCCACGACGUUAUUCCUCUCUCCUACAGCGUCCAUCACAAAUACAUGCACAUGGCCAAUUACGCAAGUUAGGUGAUGAUGUCAUUUAGCGACUUUUAGGACAGCCAAUAGCUACUUUAUUUCCUGAGGAGUUGGCAACACUGCUUAUACAGUUCAUUCAGUGCAAUCUUAGUGCCAGCAUUGGUUUGUGGUGGUAAAUAGACAACUACGAAAAAUAUAGAUGAAAACUCUCUUGGUAGAUAGUGUGGUCUACAGCUUAUCAUGAGAUACUCUACCUCAGGCGAAUAAAACCUUGAGACUUCCUUACUAUUUAUGCUCCAGCUGUUGUUUACAAAUAUACAGACCGUCACCCCUUGUCUUACCGGAGUCAGCCUUUCUAUCCUGCCGAUGUAGCGUCUAUCCCGCCAGCUGUAUGUUAUCCAUGUCGUCGUUCAGCCACUACUCGGUGAAACAUAAGAUAUUACAGUUUUUAAUGUCCCGUUGGUUGGAUAUCCUUGAUCUUAGGUCGUCCAUUUUGUUUUCAAAUGAAUGUAUGUUGGCUAAUAGGAUUGAUGGAAGAGCCAGACCCCAUCUAGGCAAAAUCUCACUCCAAGCUUUCUUCAAAAGUUGGCAGCCCUGCCUUAAAUUAAGACCAAAACGCAAUUUUCUUUGUGUGCCAAAUUUGACUUUGUGGCUGUGGAAUCUGUCUUUGUCGCUGUGGUAUCUAGUGGAAACCGUCUCAGUGGGCUCCGUCCUCACAGGCAGCCCAAUUCUGAUCUUUUUUUUCCCACUAAUUGGUCUUUUGACCAAUCAGAUCAGCUCUGAAAAAUAUCUGAUGUAAUUGGUCAAAAGACCAAUUAGUGGGGAAAAAAAGAUCAGAAUUGGGCUGCCUAUGUAAACGCAGCCAAGGAACUUUUUGUCAGAAUUUUGACAGCCAUAAAACACGCCCCUAGACACGCCCCUCUCCCGCAGGCAGCCAGCGGGAUUCUACAAUACGCUUUACGCUCCUUCAGCAUUCAUCCAUCCAUUCAUUCAAUCAGUCAUAGCCAUGCAACGACAAUGGAAACGGAUAUUUAAAAACCGCAAAAGCCAACAACAAAGAAAAGAGGUCACCAGGCGUAAAUUGUCAAGUUGGGGCUUAUAUCGUGCUUUCAAAUUGUUUUCUGUUAUGAAAUGGACCAGAUUAUAGCCUAAUGUCGCGUGCUGCUCUCAGUCUGCUGCUACUGGGGCGCGUGCAGAUGUGGACAUACUAGUACAGUAGCCCAUUCACCCCGCGAGCUAUUGUCCCCUCCAUCUUCUUCCACUCCAUCCCCUCGCUCGGGGCCAAACUGGCGUGUGCGUCCCUCCUCAGGUAUGUCUCUCUAUCUCUCCGGCAGAUGGGGCGGAGAACAGGUGAGUUAAAAAUUUUCCUCAUUUUAUGUUCUUUCUUUUCUCGUUCUUUUGUUGUUUCUGUGGGGUUUAUAGUGUCUGUUCGGAGUCUUCGCUACGGACGAGCUAGGCCAUAUAAAAGUAGCCUAUGCUUUAGAGGUCACAGGUUUAAAACGAUGGUUCAUAUUUAUUUUUUUAAACAAGCCUGAUAGACUUUUAAACAAUGUGAUAAUUAUGAUACAUUGUAUGUAUACAGCAAUCAAUAAAAGCAGAAGCUAUAAUAAUAAAAUACAAUUAAUUAAAGACUAAUCGUUUAUACCCUUUACCCAAAAUUAAAGAAUACAAAAGAAGGGUAGUCUAAACCUAUUUGCUCGUAUUGAUGGUUAACUGGUGAAAAGAACAGUAGGCCUAUGUUACAGUUGAAUGAGUUUGCCACUCUCUUUUCCCUCUACUCCCUCUCUGCAUGGGACAGAAGACAGCUCUGGAGAGGGAUGUUUCCUUCCUCAGCCAGUUGUCCUGCUGGUGGAUUAACAGGUAACACUGAAUAUCAACAUUUUCACAUUAGAUGCAUCAUUAUCAUUAAACAUACUGUAUCUGAUGUGUGUUACGUAACUGGCAGAUUUUUUGAUUGAUGAUGUCCUUUGUGCUGUGGUUGCUGUCAGAGUUGUGUCAGCGGGCCAUAGGAGGGGGCUACAGCUGUCGGACCUGUGUUGCCUUGGCGAUGAGGACUCAGCCCAGAGUUUAUGCUCCGCCCUCCAGCAGCACCGGAAGACAGAGGGACAGAGUCAUAGCCAGGAGUUAGGAGAGGAGGAGGAGUCACGGGGUGGAAACACCUCCCACCCAGGUGUUCACCUGUCUGGCCCCGCCCUGCUGUGUCACCUGUGUGGGUGGCUCCGCCCCUCACUGCUCCAGGUGACCCUGCUGAGGAUGACCUCUGACCUACUGGCCCUCCUGCCCCCUCAGGCCCUCAGGUACACACACACAAACACACACACAUAAACACACUCAUGUACACACACACGUAAAUAUUUCCUUUGGCAUUAUCUUCAAAUGCAUAUUGUUCCCAUAUUGCUGAAUGAAUCUGUAAAAAAUGUAAUAAAGCAUUUAUAAAAGUGUAAUAGCACAGAACUUCUAGAUUCGGCAAGAAUAUACACAGGUGAUAGAUACCAUCUUCCUUACACCCCACCGCCUCACCUGUCCCCCAGGUGUGGCAUUCUCUACUGUGAGAACCAGCCUGUCUUUGAUUGGUCGGGACUUACCCAUGCCCUGGCACUAUUGGCUGCUGUAGUGUGCCACGCCCUGGUCCAGCAGGUGUGUGAGCGUCACAGCAGGAUGACUGAGGUCAGAGUUCAGACAGCGCUGACUGGAGCCUUGUAUAAACAGGUACAGAGACCUCCACCGCUCUCUCUCUCAGUGAACAUACAUUCAAGAAAAUAAAAUAAUACUGUUAAACGCUUGCCCUCCUUGCCCUUACACCCCCCCCCUAACCUUCACCUCCUCUCUCUUCCCUCUCCCUUCUCUGCUGUAGGCCCUGUCCCAGUGCAGGAUUCCUGGGUGUCUACCCUCCCCUGCCCCAUCGUUAACUCCACUCCGGGGUGACGUUGGACGGCUAGCAGAGCUCCCAGUCUCUCUGUCUGCCCUGUGGUCUUCCUGGGUGCAGGGGACAGUGUGUGCAUGCCUGCUAUGGAGAGAGCUGGGUCCUUCUGCUCUGGCAGGACUAGCUGUAUUGAUACUGCUGGUACCUCUCACCUCUGCUGUACAACGCAGGGCAAGGCUAUUACAGGUAACAGAGAGAGCGUGUUUGUACAUGUGGGUGUGUGUGGCUGCGUGGCACAGACCUGUGUAUGUGUGUAACACUGUCUUUUCCCCCUCAGAGAAGCCAGGAAAGACUGAGGGGAGAAAGAGAGCAGCUCCUGCAGGAGAUGCUGAACGGAAUCAAGGUCUGUCUCUUGCACUCUUCUUCAAUUUCUUAGUAGCCUCAAGACUCCUUGGCUCUUGUCUCUUUCUCUUUUUCUAAGUGAUCUCAUAUCUGUUGUACUCAACUCUCUCUAUUCCCACUUCCUCUCUAUCUUCCUCCCUCUAUCCUUCUAGACGGUGAAGUUGUUGGUCUUGGAGGCGUGGUUCCAGCGCAGAGUGGGCAUUGCCAGAGAGAAGGAGCUGGAGACGCGGAGGAUUCUGGGAUUCCUGACGGCCUUCUCCCUAUUGGACCGCGUCUGUGUGCCUUUCCUGGUAGGUGGCGGAGCUCCGUCUUUGACCGCUGACCUCUCCUGACAUCUCUCUCCCUCAGAAAUACCCUAACAGACAGGUGCAGUAGAGGCUGCAGGUCAGUGUUAGACUGGGACACCAGCUGAGCCUCUGCCGACACUGUAGCUCUCCAGGACCAAGGCUGCCUAAUUCAGUCACUAAACAGUACAAAAGUGGCAAUAUCAUCAAUGCUGAUGAGAAAGUAGACCUACAUAAGCUUUGUUAAUGUGUUUAAAGUGUUUAAAAAGCACCCUACUUUAGUGUGUCCCCUGGCCAGAUAGAGAGGGUAGUUGCUUAGCGCUGUCCUAAGCUGAUCAGUAAUGUCUGGGACAUUGCGUGCGUUUCAUUUUUCGGUCAUAAUCUUCCUCCCACCUCUCUGACCCAUAAGCUGAUAUGCAAUCAGAGGGAUCCAAUCAGCAUCCAAUCACAGCUUUCUGUCCUGACUGGUGUCUGCCUACCUGAGCCCUGGAGGGACAAACCUAACAUGCACAUAAAGCACUGGAAAGGAUAUUAGAUGUUAUAAUAAUGUGUAAGAUUAACCCUGAUUGACCGGAUCACAGAUAAGGAUCAGUGAUUAUUGAUGAAUGGAUCUGGGAUCGGAUAGUUUGGUCUGUGAUUGUUAUUGUGGGACUGAUAGAUACUGUAGAUGGUGAUGGAUGAUUAACAUGUACUAACACACACACACACACACACUCCCCUUUCUCUGUGUCUCUACAGGUGUGUGUGUCCAGUUUGGGUGUGUAUGUGCUGGUGGAUGAUGGUAAUGUUCUGACAGCGUCUCAGGUGUUCACCUGUGUUUGUCUGUUCACACUGCUACGCUCACCUUUUAACCUACUGCCCUCCCUGGCACUGCGCAUCACACAGGUAACACACCCACCCACCACCCACACAGGUAACACACACCCGCACACAUACACACACACACAGGUAUUUACAGGUAACACACUCAAUAAAGACUUCUGCCUAACCCCGCCCUGUUUCUUUUUGAUUGACAGGCCUGGCACUCCCUCUGCAAUCUGGACCACUUCCUCUUUUCACAGGAAGUCUCUCACACAGUUAACUAUGGUAACUAACUACAGAGAUACACCUGUGUAGUGUGUAAUACACACACACACACAUACAGUGAGGAAAAAAAGUAUUUGAUCCCCUGCUGAUUUUGUACGUUUGCCCACUGACAAAGACAUGAUCAGUCUAUAAUUUUAAUGGUAGGUUUAUUUGAACAGUGAGAGACAGAAUAACAACAACAAAAUCCAGAAAAACGCAUGUCAACAUUUUUAUAAAUGGAUUUGCAUUUUAUUGAGGGAAAUAAGUAUUUGACCCCUCUGCAAAACAUGACUUAGUACUUGGUGGCAAAACCCUUGUUGGCAAUCACAGAGGUCAGACGUUUCUUGUAGUUGGCCACCAGGUUUGCACACAUUUCAUGAGGGAUUUUGUCCCACUCCUCUUUGCAGAUCUUCUCCAAGUCAUUAAGGUUUCGAGGCUGAUGUUUGGCAACUCGAAACUUCAGCUCCCUCCACAGAUUUUCUAUGGGAUUAAGGUCUGGAGACUGGCUAGGCCACUCCAGGACCUUAAUGUGCUUCUUCUUGAGCCACUCCUUUGUUGCCUUGGCUGUGUGUUUUGGGUCAUUGUCAUGCUGGAAUACCCAUCCACAACCCAUUUUCAAUGCCCUGGCUGAGGGAAGGAGGUUCUCACCCAAGAUUUGAUGGUACAUGGCCCCGGCCAUCGUCCCUUUGAUGCGGUGAAGUUGUCCUGUCCCCUUAGCAGAAAAACACCCCCAAAGCAUAAUGUUUCCACCUCCAUGUUUUACGGUGGGGAUGGUGUUCUUGGGGUCAUAGGCAGCAUUCCUCCUCCUCCUCCAAACACGGCGAGUUGAGUUGAUGCCAAAGAGCUCCAUUUUGGUCUCAUCUGACCACAACGCUUUCACCCAGUUCUCCUCUGAAUCAUUCAGAUGUUCAUUGGCAAACUUCAGACGGGCCUGUAUAUGUGCUUUCUUGAGCAGGGGGACCUUGCGGGCGCUGCAGGAUUUCAGUCCUUCACGGCGUAGUGUGUUACCAAUUGUUUUCUUGGUGACUAUGGUCCCAGCUGCCUUGAGAUCAUUGACAAGAUCCUCCCGUGUAGUUCUGGGCUGAUUCCUCACCGUUCUCAUGAUCAUUGCAACUCCACGAGGUGAGAUCUUGCAUGGAGCCCCAGGCCGAGGGAGAUUGACAGUUCUUUUGUGUUGCUUCCAUUUGCGAAUAAUCGCACCAACUGUUGUCACCUUCUCACCAAGCUGCUUGGCGAUGGUCUUGUAGCCCAUUCCAGCCUUGUGUAGGUCUACAAUCUUGUCCCUGACAUCCUUGGAGAGCUCUUUGGUAUUGGCCAUGGUGGAGAGUUUGGAAUCUGAUUGAUUGCUUCUGUGGACAGGUCUUUUAUACAGGUAACAAGCCGAGAUUAGGAGCACUCCCUUUAAGAGUGUGCUCCUAAUCUCAGCUCAUUACCUGUAUAAAAGACACCUGGGAGCCAGAAAUCUUUCUGAUUGAGAGGGAGUCAAAUACUUAUUUCCCUCAUUAAAAUGCAAAUCAAUUUAUAACAUUUUUUACAUGCGUUUUUCUGGAUUUUUUUGUUGUUAUUCUGUCUCUCACUGUUCAAAUAAACCUACCAUUAAAAUUAUAGACUGAUCAUUUCUUUGUCAGUGGGCAAACGUACAAAAUCAGCAGGGGAUCAAAUACUUUUUUCCCUCACUGUACUUACCUAGCAUUAGCAUGAUACUGUACAAAUCUGACCUGAUCUAACCCUCUACCCUCUGUGUGUACCGGAAUCCUUUUUCUAAAUCUUUCUGAAUCUAUUUUUCAGAGAAUGGCACUCCUUCAGGAAAUGGGGUCAAGAAAAGCUGUCUCGAGGAGCACUCAGAUCAGUGUGUGUGUGUUUCUGUUUAUUAACUAGAAAGCAAGUCCCCUGUCAUCCGUAAGCUGUAGUUGUGUUAUGUUAUUACCUAACCUGCUUACACAAUAAUGACAAGGAUUAUACACACACACAUAGACACACACAUAUAGACACACACACAUAGACACACACACAUAGAUACACACACACACACACACACACACAGACAUACAUAGACAAAACACAUUGUCUCCCGAGUGGCACAGUGGUCUAAGGCACUGCAUCGCAGUGCUAGCUGUGCCACUAGAGAUCCUGGUUCGAAUCCAGGCUCUGUCGUAGCCGGCCGCGACCGGGAGACCCAUGGGGCGGCGCACAAUUGGCCCAGCGUCGUCCAGGGUAGGGGAGGGAAUGGCCGGCAGGGAUUUGGCUCAGUUGGUAGAGCAUGGCGUUUGCAACGCCAAGGUUGUGGGUUCGUUUCCCAUGGGGGGCCAGUAUAAAAAAAAAAAAAAAAUAAUAAUAAUGUAUGCACUCACUAACUGUAAGUCGCUCUGGAUAAGAGCAUCUGCUAAAUGACUAAAAUGUAAAUGUAAAAUGUAGACACACACACACAAUACAGUUUCUCUGGCCACUAGCCAGCUGACAUGCGACCUCGAGGGACUGACCGAGGCUCAUCCCCAAACUAAUCUCUGCCCUCUGAUUGGACAAGGGUCUCUCAUCUGUGCUGGUCUGAUUGGUCAGAUAGGGGUUGGGGUGGGUUUGUGCAGGGGAAAAUUAGAGAUUAUGUCAGCAAGGUCGGGUUGAGGUGAGUUUAAAGAUGAGGGUGAGAUGGGGUGAGGUUGGUGUGUGUGAGAGAGUGGAGAGGGAUGGGAUGUUUGUGCUGAGAGAGAUGAGAGGUAGAGUGUGUGUGCGAGUCAUGGCGUGUUUGAGGGAGUUAGAAAGGCCAAAUUACAAAGCUUUCUAAUCCACAACAUUAACCCCCUCACAGAGAUAAGAGCAUUAGACACACAGAGCAGAGCCCUGACCUGGUCCUCCCUUUAUGACUUCUCACUCAUCAUAUCUGAUCUGUGGUCAUGCAUGCUGAGACAUAGAGACAUACACACAUACACAUCUUUUCCUUCACUAACCCUUCCCCCACUCUUUUUCUCUCACUUUCUCUCUCACUCACACUCACACACACACACACGACAAAUACAUAAAAUGUCCCCUCUCAUUAACAGGUGCAGUAAUGAGACCUUGAGAGAGACAGAAGCAAACACUGUACCUCCGCCCAAACAUGGUGUGAGUACACAGAUCUAGGAUCAAUCUACACAUAGAAUACAAUCAGAAUCUGUCCCGAGGUCAGCUGUUAAAACACAGUAUAUUCCUCUUCUAAUCCCAACCUUGCAGUUUACAAAAUGACUGAAUAAUCAUGUGUGUAUUCUCCCUGCAGGUGAGCGGUGUGUGUAUUCGGCUGUACCUGGAUGUGUGUGGCUGGGGCUGGGUGUUGCUGACUGUAUUAUCCCAGGUGUGUGUUUGUGUGGUGGGUGUGUGUCAGGCCGGCCUGUUAGCUGUGUGGACCAGGGAGGCUAAAGAACUACAGGGGCUGGAGGAGUGGAGAGAACUACGAGACUCACGACUAUCUGUCUACGCUGUACUGGGGCUGCUGCAAGGUAGGUGCGUGCGUGUAGGCGGGCGUGCGUGCGGGCGGGCGUGCACUGUCUAACUCGCAUAUGUGUGUUUCAGCUCUGUCCGUGUGCUGUGUAGCAUUAGCAGUAACUGGUGGUUCUCUGAAGGCGUCUGCCAGUCUCCACUCUGAGCUGCUCUUUGCUCGGCUCCGCCUUCCUCUCAGAUUCUACCAGACCACGCCCUCUUCUCUGGUCCUGUGCAGCCUAUCACAGGUGAGAGAGGAUCUAUAAGAAUUUGAUUUUUUAUAAGAUGAAUAGAAAACAGGUUAAAAUGUAUCUCUGUCUCUCUCUCUGUAGGAGAUGUACGUGAUUGACGAGCUAGUCCCCGCUCACCUGCUCUCCUGGCUCUACUGUUGGCUGCAGGUGUUUGUGACAGUGCUGCUGAUUGGCUACAUCUCCCCGCUCUUCAUCCUGAUAGUUCCGGUCCUGACAUACCUCUUCCUCACCAUACAGGUACAGUAUAACAUGUAAUGUUAUGGUAUAACAUGUAAUGGUUCGGUAAAAAACCCCCCAUUAAUGGGGAACUAAAAACAAAUUGCUUCUUAAUCUUCACAUUUCGUAUCAUUUUGGUCUUCUUUUUUCGGGUAUACAUUUGGCGGUAAAAAGUAAUGGUUUUUCCCCUUUUUUUUCCAAAAAGGGUAGGUUUAAACAGGUAAGGGUACGUUACUGAAAAUGGAAGGGAGAUGUUGGUUGUAUUACAGUAAGGAUGUAACAGGAAAAUAAUUCCCAAAUUAGGAAAAAAAGUCUGUUUUUUUUUAUGCCUUUUCUCUUUCUUUCUUUCCCCCUCCCUAUAAAAAUCCCACUACCCUUCCCUUUUCUCUAAAAAAAAAAAAGGGGAAAAGACGCUUCCUUUUUUCUCUUUCCACCUCUUUUUUCCUUUCUCUCCUCCUCUUUUCUUUAUCCCCCCCUCUCUUUCUCUCUCUCUCCCCUCUCUCCCCUCUCUCUUCCCCUCAUGGGGGAAUUUUUCCCCGCUCCCCCCUUCCUCUCUCCUCCCCUCCUUUUUUUGGGAAUCCCACACCGGGGUUGGGUUCCCCCGUUCAAUUUCCCCCCUUGGGUUUAAAAAGGGCUCCCCUCAACCCCCCCCGGGUUUUCCCUCUCCUCUUUUUCUCCCCUUCCCCCUCCCCUCCAAACCCUCCCCUUUUUGGGCCCCUUUCGGGGUUUAUUUUGGGUCUCCCCCUCUCCUCCCUCUCUCCCCUUCUCCCCCUCUCCCCUGCCUCCUUCCCUCUCUCUCUCUCCUCCUCCUCCCCCUAUCUUCUUUCCCUCCUCUCCUCCUUCUCUCUCCCUCUCUCUCCCCUCCUCUCUCCUCCUCAGGGGGGAUCGUGUGGUUGGAUGCCUUUUGCGGCUGGUUCUGUUCCUGGUCUCUUGGCUCUACUGGACCUGAGGGAGACCCCAGUACUGUAG